UUCACAUUUGUGCUGUCUUACGUUCAAGAUAACCACUUGUUUUUGUCACAUAAAUACAUAUCAGGUCAAGUGGAACCAUGACUACUGAAAGAUCUUUUGCCGAAGGGAGUCCUGUACCUGGUCCAGUGCCCAAAGAUCAGAUUGUACAGCAUGCGGUUCUGCCCUUUUGCACAUAGGGCCAGACUGGUGCUAAACACCAAAGGGAUCAAACAUGAGACCAUCAAUAUCAAUCUGUCAAAGAAACCUGAGUGGUUCUUUUUAAAGAACCCCUCUGGGCUCGUCCCAACAGUGGAGACAUCUGACGGCGACAUGGUGUAUGACUCUGCAGUCGUGUGUGAAUACUUGGAUGAAGUCUAUCCCGACAAGAAGCUGCUUCCUUCCUCUCCUUUUGAGAAAGCUCAGCAGAAGAUGAUCAUGGAAUAUUUUUCUUCCAAGAUACAGCCAUAUUUCUACAACUACAACUUUGUUGAGAACGAUUGUGUGCUGCAGUUUUUGAAUAAUUUGAUUCUUUGUCCUUUCAGCUGCCUCAGUGACACACCUGAGCUGAAGAAAUGGAUGGAGUCCAUGUUGGAGGACCCUGGCGUCAAAGCUUGCAUGCACCCUGUAGACACUCACAAGGGUUUCUACAAGACCUUCAUAGAAAAAAUCCCAACUAUGACUAAGGAGGAGGAACCAUGACACUUUACACCAUUUUUUUUAAUUAUUAUUAUUAUUUAUUGUUGUGCUGGAGUCAGUGUAAUUGAAAGUUUACUUAAUUUACGAGGAAACAUUUUGUCUUUGUAACCAAAAAAGAAGCUCAAAUGGGGGAAAUGGUUAAUGGAACAUUACAAAUGUAUGCUUUUAUUGUGGGAUGAUGGGGAAAUAGAAAAAAGGGAUUGAGAUAGUUGGAACAACAGGUGUUGUCAUUGCUUCAUGUAAGUGUGCAGCUGUUCUUUCUCCCCCCACAAACACCAAAAUAAAGGCUACAGAUGCUGUUAUGUUGUAUAGAAAGCAAAAUUAUUUUCUCAAGGUUGUGCAGGCUUGGCCUUUGUCUAAACUGGAGUGCUACCAGUCACAAUAUCCAUAAAGCAGCAUGUUAACAUGGAAAAGGCUCAUGAACAUAAUAGCUGCCAUCUGCAUUUCCAGCAAUACACAUGGCCAAGGAAAGAGGUCACUGUUUGGUAAAUGCUUUUUUAUGACUGGCAGUAAUACGUUAUAUACAAAUUUUGUUAAAGUGCUCCAUCUUUCAACUGAAUUGGGCUCACAAAUUUCUUAAUAUUUUUAAUUUGCUUACAUGAUGUCAUUUUUCAAAUGUAAGGGCUUUUUACAAAAUACAUGUUUACAUAAGUAGUGUAGCAUGUCACAACAGUUCUGCAGGAUCAUUUGUUAAAUACAUUGACAUCCUGAAUGAAUACAACUUUGCAGUUAAAAAACUUCAAAAGUACAAUAACAAUAAAAAAAAACUUAAAAGUACUUUUCCACUACUGCAUCUAGUGCAGCAAAUAUUUAAUUAAUGGCACUCUUUGUGAACUUAUAUUAUCCUUGUAUUAAUGGGAAAUGUCCACCAGGUGGAGAUACUGUUACAUUUCAAGCACCUUGAGUACAGGCUGCUGUGGGACACGAUGACAGAACCUGUUGGUUAUAGUAGUAGAUGAAGAAACAUUUAUCAGCAUUUCAAUAACUGCAACUGUUUCAAGUAACCAAUUAUCCCUAAGUAAGUAAA